UUUCUGCCUUUCCUCCUUUCUCCUUCCUAGUCAGAGAGAGAGAGAGAGAGAGAGAGAGAGAGAGGGGCUUUAAAGCUAAAACAAUUUCUUCAUUUGCAAAUCUUUCUUUUCCCUCCUUUUCCUCUCACCCCCACAGUUCGUUUUCCUUUCCGUUUUCUCUGCUUCUCCAUCCCCACUCUCCAAAAACAAACAGCCCUUCUCUCUGAAACGAUAAGCCAAAAAGGAACAAAACAAUCCACUCCGGACUUAUGGACGGCGGCAUUCCGUACAACCCUCGUACCGUCGAGGAAGUCUUCCGGGAUUUUAAGGGUCGUCGAGCUGGCAUGAUUAAAGCCCUCACUACUGAUGUGGAGGAGUUUUACCAGCAGUGUGAUCCAGAAAAGGAGAAUCUUUGCCUUUAUGGAUUUCCUAAUGAGCAGUGGGAGGUGAAUUUACCUGCAGAAGAGGUGCCUCCGGAGAUUCCCGAACCUGCACUGGGUAUUAACUUUGCCAGAGAUGGAAUGCAAGAAAAGGACUGGUUAUCUUUGGUUGCUGUACACAGUGAUGCGUGGUUACUCGCCGUGGCUUUCUAUUUUGGUGCUAGGUUUGGAUUUGAUAAAGCUGAUAGGAAACGCUUUUUCAAUAUGAUAAAUGAUCUUCCAACAAUAUUCGAAGUUGUGACAGGGGCGGCUAAGAAACAGACAAAGGAGAAAUCUUCUGUUUCAAAUCAUAGCAACAACAAGUCUAAAUCAAACUCUAAGCGGGGUUCUGAAUCUCAGCUCAAAUAUUCAAAGCCAGUGCUGCAAAAGGAUGAGGACGAGGAAGACGAGGAACAUGGAGACACAUUAUGUGGGGCUUGUGGAGAGAAUGAUGCAGCUGAUGAAUUCUGGAUUUGCUGUGAUAUAUGUGAGAAAUGGUUCCACGGAAAGUGUGUCAAGAUUACUCCGGCUAAGGCAGAGUUCAUUAAACAGUACAAAUGCCCAUCGUGCAACAACAAGAGAGCACGUCCUUGACAAUGGCCGGUCAUGGCUUGUGUGUGAAUUCUGUCAUUGCGGAAUCUGCUAGCUGUCUAGAAGUUCAUCCUCUCAAGUAUGUUCCUUCGUCUUGGCAAAUCUUUCAUGGAUUUUCUAUGUAGGUGGCAAUGCUGUUUAAGUUGUUUAUGAAAUAGGAUAUUAAUAAGGCUGAGAAUCAUUUUUCUUUGCCAUUGGAAGGGAGACUUUACUUGAUUCUUCUUGUGUUUAUGUGCAUGCAACUUCAUUUCCAUUU